AUGGAUUCGCCUCUGGCGGCCGAUGGGAACUGGCCGCACAUGGGCUCCCAAGAGCCCGCACAGGAGUUCCUCGAUGCAUACCGGCACCAGGUCGCCACCAUGGCAUAUGCAUCGAGCCUGACAUACUACCACCGCAUGCCAGCCAUGCGUGGGCUUUUUAAGUCAUUGAUCCGUCGCUUGAUCCACAAGAUGCUGCGUCAUGAGGUGUAG